UCCAUAUUUCCACCUUCCCCUCUUCUCCCAUUUUCUUCGUUAGAAACUUCCAUUUUCAGAGCUAUAUAUUCACCAUAUAACUCCUCUUGGAGAGAUGAAGUUCUUGGUGAGCAUUAGCAAUGCCAAAGAUUAAACGUUUUCGGAAUCCACUAAAGUCAGCUCGUGAAUCACAUGAUGCUCAUGGACAUUCUUCAUCAUCAACUCCAGUCCAAUCACAUGCUAUAGAGCCCUCAACAACAGUACAAGCCCUCCCACAUGCUCAUGAAGUCUCGCAACAAGAACAAGCUCCAAUUCCACCUUCUAAUUCAGGUGCAACAUCUGUGCGCUGUCCAAGUCGUGAAUCUACAAAAUAUUGGACAGUAGAGGCAAAAGACUCAAAAAAUGCUACCAAGCAUAUUAGGGUCAAGGUCAAUGAGGUUAACAACCUAACUGUUGGGGAACGCAUCAUUGUGGAUUUUGAUGACUACAACGCAACAUAUGGUGAAGCGCAGGGAUUGCUCGUUGGAUAUUGUGGAUAGUUGGCAAUUGAUUGUAAUUUGUUUCCGAUUAGUUUUGAGAAGUGGUCAGGGCCAUCAGGCAUGCCUAAGAAGUACAUGGAAGACUGCUAUGAAACAAUACUGAAGGUACAAGUGUUAUUACAUACAUAUGUACUUAUUGCACCUAGAUUUUCAUACACUUGAAAAAACUAACUUCUAUUUUUUAUUUGAAGCCUCGAUUUGAUUUUCGUGUAAGUGAGUCCAUUGCAUACAGAUACUGCAAUGCUAGUAUUUCGAAAAAGUGGGCUACACAUAGGCAUAAGUUGUGGAAUGAAUAUUUUGACCGAGCCAAAAGCAAAAAUGAAAUCUAAGUAAUGUGCCAGCAGGUAUAAAUAAAGAUCAAUAGGCUAGUUUUGUUGCUUACCGUAAAAAAUCAUCAACAAUGGUAAGAUUCAGAUUAUUUUAACAAGUUUCAUCAUAAUUAAAUGAAGAUGAUUUUUUUUAAUUUGUAUUUGUUUUGUUGAUAGGAGCUUUGUAGAAGAAAUAAAGAAAUUCAAAAGAAACAAAAAAUGCCACAUACUGGUGGAUCAAAAGCUAACUCGAGAAGACGAUAU